GCAAAAGACUUCUCCCUUUACCGCUCAACUUCCUUUACCUCUCAUGUAAUCCAUUUGCGCCAAAGACAGGCCGUCUGUCGAGAUGUAUUAACUUUAAUUGGCGUUACUUUGAUUCUGCUGUAUGACAUUUGGAUUAUUGGUUGAUUCUGAGUGAUAAGAUGUGAAGAAGAAGAAGAAGAAGUGGCGGGACCUGGGCUGACCUUAACCUUUGACACCUGAAGAAGAGGAAUCUUUGUUCAAGACUGAAACACUGUGAUUGCUUCCGAUCUUAAUUUGAUUUUAAUCCUGCUGAAGCCUUACAGACACCACCUGGCCUGGUACGCAAAAAUGACCAUAGUCCUGCGUCUGCAAGGUCUAGAUGUGAAGGCAGGAAUUGAAGAUAUACGGCAGUUCUUUGAAUACCUUCACAUACCUGAUGGCGGAGUGUACAUAGUGGGAGGACAUCUCAGAGAGGCAUUUAUUGCCUUCACCACUGAACAAGAUGCUCAGCUUGCCAUGCGGCACACUGGGAAUUUCCUCAAAGGAUCUAAAGUGACUCUACACAUAAGCAGCAUGGCAGAGCUGGAACACAAGUUGAAGUCCUUGUUAAAGGGGAAGAAACCCUCCCCCACCAGGCUUAUUGUCAAGAGACCUCAGCCAUCUCUAGAGGCUAAUCAGCUACCUUUGAAUGGAUGGCCUCUUGAUCCCAAUUCUGCAAAUCUACCUUCCUCUACUGCAACUCCACCACCUUCUACUGCAGGGUCACAUGGCCCCAGUACUGCAAAUCUACAAACUUCAAAUGUACAGUCAAUUGAUUCCAAUGCUGCCUUUCUUCUUGGGAUUUGUACUGUCCUCAAAAGUCUCCAGUCUUCGCAUCAAGUAGAAAACAAUGAGGUGGUGCCAAAGGUUGAUUUUCUCCAGGCUGACAGCACAGUUGUUGCGCCCAAUGAGGUGAGGACACCAGAGCAAACUCAGGUGUCAACGCCAGGCUACGUCAGGCUCUUUGGUCUGCCAGCCUCAACUACAAAAGAUGACAUCUGUCAUUUUUUCAGAGGGUUGAAAGUACAGGAAGCCAUAGUGAAUGUGAUGUUGGGACUGAGCCAUGGCUGCCUUGUAAAGUUUGCAAACAUGCAGGACGCAUGUGAUGCUCUUCACUUCAACAAACAAUCACUGGGCUCCAUCUGUGUGGAGGUACGUGGAGCAACUGAGAGGAUGUGGACCAGUGCGCUACAAGAAUGUGGAAAUGGUUUUGAUGUUGAGCAGAGAGUGGGACCCAAGCAAAACCCUCCGAGGAAAACUGCAAAACACAGACAUAAAUUCAUUUCUACAUUGCGAAUCAAGAGAAGAUCUGUCAACCAGUUGCCAACACCAUCUAAAUCACCAAAAAAGCCAAGAACUGAUUGUGACUCAUCAACUGCCCAGUCAGCGACUAUGGAGUACAUUGUCAUGGUCAGUAAUAUACCCAAAAACAUGACCAAGACUGAAAUAAAAGAAUUGUUUGGAUGUCCAAACAUUGCACACAAAAACGUACUACAUCUGCUCAACAAAGAAGGCAACAGAACAGACACAGCAUUUCUUAUUUUUAACCAGACUGAGGAUUAUGACUAUGCAAUGAAUCUUAAUGGCUGCCAUGUGGGCCCUGAUGCCAUUGAGGUCUCAUCAAUCACCAGAGAGAAGAUGAAGGACAUGAUGGCUAAAACCCAUCCCAGGAAUCUUAACCAGUGUCUGAAGAUGGACUCAAAGAGGAAACCAAUUGGAAAAAGGAAAUCCAAUUCAGUUGAUAAACUGGGAGGGACGCCAAGCACAAACCUGGACCCAGCAGCUCAGACAUGCCUGUUUGUUCGAAACUUGCCCGCAGAUGUACACAAAAGUCAUAUAAAAAUGCUUUUCCACAAAUACAAACUGAGGACUGAUAAUAUCAUCUUAUUGUAUGACAGUGAUGGCAAAGGUAUUGGUGAGGCUGUGGUUCAGUUUAAAUCACCAACAAUUGCUGCAAUGGCUCAGGAGCUCCACAGUCAGGACUUCCUGGGGGCAAAAGUACUUUUGACUCCUAUAAAUGUGAAGCAGAAGGAGGACAUCCUGGCAAGAGAUGUUUGAAGAAGUUGGCUGGCAGUUGAACAUUAAAACUUUUGUUAAGACUCCAUGGCCAAAGCUGACUCUGAGAUCUUCACAUUCCCAUCUAGUUUGUCUUCCAACUAAUUCUACUUGAUACAUCAACCUACUGAGUCAUUGUUUUAUUAAAUGUUUAUCAUGUUCAAUAAUUUCAUUCUCUCUGUGACCCUUUUAUACAUUUUAAAAUGUUUGAGCACUGUUUUAUGGCCUGUUUCUUAACUUUCCAGUGAAGAAUGAAGGCUUGUUGUUUGUCUCAAAAAUGUCUGAGAAUACACAAAAACUAUCCCCAAUUUGUUUCUUGUCUACUUGGCAUGGGGACUAAGGAACUAGUUUUAAUGUAGUCUUUAGGAGCAAAUUCAUUGCACAUUUAAAAACACACAGACGUUGUUUAUCUUAGCACUGAACCCUGGGAAAUUAACAAAAGUCAUACUCUGACAAUAAGUUAAAACUGCUAUAACAAGUUAUUUUAUGUAAAAUGUUCCAAGUUAUAAAUUUUCCCAUAUUCUAAAGAAAUCAAAAACAUAAAAAAGCUACUAGUUAGCAACAAAAAACUAUGCCUAGAGGCAUAUAAAUUUACACAAUAGUGAAGUUUUUGACUCCUGGACAGUCACAAGUGAUGCACAGAUAGGACAGAGAAGUGAAAAGAUCAUGGUGUCACAUGAUCCGAUUUUCAUUUGUAGUACAUGGGCAGUCCAUUGGAAUACCUGGAUGGACCUACAGAAAGACAACAUGACAGAAAAACAUUAAAAAGGGUAGAAUAAAGAAGACAGGAAUUCCUUUGGUGUUGUGAGGGAAAUUACACACACUACAUGUAUAAUCAAGUUUGAAUAUCUUUAUUGCACGUUUGAAUAAAGUUAUUGCACAUGUUUAA